AUGUGGAACUCGCGCAAGGUUGGAAUCCUCGGCGGUGGCCAGCUGGGCCGCAUGCUUGUCGAGUCCUGCAACCGUUUGAACAUUCAAGCCAAUGUCCUGGACGCCGAGAACUCUCCGGCCAAGCAGAUCAGCUUUCACGAUGGCCAUGUGACGGGUUCCUUCAAGGAGCGUGAAGCCGUGCGCCAAUUGGCCAAGUCCUGCGAUGUAAUGACUGCGGAGAUCGAGCACGUCGACACCUAUGCCCUUGAAGAGGUCGCCUCCGACGUUCAGGUUGAGCCUAGUUGGCAAGCGAUUCGGACUAUUCAGAACAAGUUCAACCAGAAGGAACACCUGCGCAAAUAUGGAAUCCCCAUGGCGGAUCACCGGGAGUUGGUGAAGAACACACCGGAAGAAUUGGCGGAGAUUGGAGAGCAAUUGGGUUACCCGAUGAUGUUGAAGUCGAAGACGAUGGCGUACGAUGGGCGGGGCAAUUUCCGUGUGAACUCCAAAGCAGACAUUCCCGAGGCCCUCGAGGCUCUCAAGGACCGGCCACUGUAUGCGGAGAAGUGGGCCUACUUCAAGACGGAGCUCGCUGUCAUGGUCAUCAAGACCAAGGAUGAAGUGCUGUCAUACCCCACUGUGGAGACCGUUCAGGAGGACUCAAUAUGCAAGCUGGUUUACGCGCCAGCCCGGAACGUGUCCGACAAGAUCAACCAGGAGGCUCAGGCUCUCGCCCGGAAGGCUGUAGCUGCAUUUGAAGGCAAGGGUGCAUUUGGUGUCGAGAUGUUCCUUCUCGAGGACAACAACCUCAUGCUGUGCGAGAUUGCCAGCCGCAUCCACAACUCUGGCCACUACACCAUCGAAGGCUGCGCACUCUCCCAGUUCGACAGCCACAUCCGCGCCAUCCUGGACCUCCCGAUCCCUGCAAAGAGCCUUGAGAUCCGCCAGCCCUCUGUCAUGCUUAACAUUAUCGGUGGUUCCGCCCCCGACACCCACCUUAAGGCCGCCGAGGCCGCGCUUUCGAUUCCUAAUGCGGCUAUCCACCUGUACAGCAAGGGUGCUGCCAAACCUGGCCGCAAGAUGGGCCAUAUCACCGUGACUGCCGCCACCAUGCAUGAGGCGGAGACUAUCAUCCAGCCCUUGAUCGAUGUGGUCGAUAAAAUCCGCGCUCAGCGGGCCGAUAUCAAGACCAAGGCCCAGCCAUCUGGGCCCUCCAAGCCUGCGCCUCAGGUGGCCGUCGUCAUGGGCUCUGACAGUGACCUCAAGACUCUGGUCCCCGGUCUCAAGCUGCUCGAGAACUUUGGCAUUGAGCCCGCCGUUGAGAUUACCUCUGCCCACCGCACGCCCGACUACAUGGCCAAGUACGCCGCCGAGGCUGCCUCGCGUGGUAUUAAGGUGAUCAUCGCCGCCGCCGGUGGUGCCGCCCACUUGCCUGGCAUGGCAGCAGCCCACACCGCUCUCCCCGUCAUCGGUGUCCCCGUUAAGGGCAGCUCGCUCGAUGGUGUCGACAGUCUAUACAGCAUUGUGCAGAUGCCCCGCGGCGUCCCGGUUGCAACCGUCGGCAUCAACAACAGCAUCAACGCCGCUCUUCUGGCUGCUCGCAUUCUAGGAUCCUUCGAUCCUGCCAUCCAGCGCAAGGUCGAGGCCUACGCUGAGGACGCUCGUGCCGAGAACAUGGAGAAGAAGGGUACCAAGAUGCGCGAGCUGGGCUGGGAGAAGUACUUCGAGCAGAUGUAA